AUGCUCUUCGCUCUCACAUUCUCUUUCCCAGGUUCUUACAUUCUCUCCCGGCAUUUUGCGUUCUUGAUCGCUGCUUUGCAAAACCCUCCAGCGGCCCUCUGUCUGGUGGUUCUCGCUUUCAUGGCUACUGACUGGCAACCCGGCUGUAUGGUCCCUCAGAUUCCCCCGGCUCUGGAGAGUCUAUCUGCCCAUUCGGACCGGGCUCUUCAGAAUACAUCUGGGAAUGUUCAGUCCUAUUCAGAUAGCUUAGCCUACAGCGAUGCCACCGUGCGGGAUGACCAUCAUUCCCAAUAUGCUGUCAAGUACUCUCACCAUCCUCCGGUCCCUGCCCACCCGUUGCCUAGUGCUUCCAGUUACCACCAUCCUCAGGUGCUAGCCAACCGGUUCCAGACCAAGAAGCUUCGACGGCUGCAAUCUUUUGGUCCCAGUGUGGGCGGAUCACGUAGGGGAAGGAGUUAUCUGAAAUCCCAGAAGUAUCUGGAGUAUCGGGCACGACCUCGACGCGACACGGGAAAGGAUGGAGAGCCAGUGUGGUCGGAUGAGCUGGAGGACGCUUUUCAACAGGCCCUUGAGGCAAAUCCUCCCAUGGGUAGAAGAAAGUGGUCUGAACACGGCAAGUCGUACGGACGCAACGAGCUGAUUGCCGAGUUUAUCUUCAAGGCAACGGGAAAGAAGAGAAGCCGGAAGCAGGUUUCGAGUCACCUUCAGGUUUUGGAUUCGUUCCUCAAAGGGGAUCCUGAUUGGGAGCGGCUCGUGCGAGAGCAAGCUUCGGACCGUUCUAGCAGCCAGUCUCACUCCAUCGGCCCCAAGUGGAGGAGCCCUGUUGAGCUUCCCUUGUCAAGCCACUAUGGCCACCAUUUGCACAAUCCCUACAAUGAUCAUUUGCGGCUGGUCCAGCCCUACCCCGGGGAGCUACCUCCGCCACACUUCGUUCUCAACCCAACGAUGCGUGAUCCUUCGGUCCACACCAUCCACGGUCUCAGUUUCGGGAUGUGGGUGAAUGCGCCGCACCGACAGGAUAUGAUCGAGAACGCCUAUCAUGAAUACACCCGUCUUCAGGGAGACCAGCGUCUUCCCGUGGCGCCGCCCACGCCCUUGGAAAAUCUGGCGGGCUGGCGAACUAGCUUUCCUCAUCUGAACUCGCUGAUGGCGGACCUUAACCGUCCUCUCAACUGCGAGAUCAUCUACCUGGAGGCCAGCCUCAACCUGAUGGACGACUUCCCUCCUUCCCGCUCCAGCCUGGGGAUCCACAUGGAACUGGACUUUGCCCGUCCUGCCACGAACGAUGCUCCCAUGGUGAAUCAGAUGGACAACUGGGUCUGCAAUACGCUGAUCUACGAUAAUGGCCAGGAAAUGGAGGCUGCUUUGGGCAAAGAACUGGGCAAGCCAUCGUCGACCAAGGUGACGCGACUGUUUGAACCCAAGUGGUGGGCCCGGCUUUUUACCCAACUCACGCAGGAAAGAAGGCAGAUGGCGGAGGAAAACCCGGGACAUCCUGAAGCUGCCGAUGAGCGAUCCAGACAGUUCCUGCGCACCAUGUCGGUGGUGCAAGAGAUUCGGGCCACGCCGCCUUCCCGACGACACUCCAUCAACCCAUACGCUCCCCAACCGGAGGAGGACAGCGUGCCCAUGGCCAUCUUGCUCUGGAAGUUCCGCCAGACACGACCAGGCGAGGUUGGCACCACCACCUGGCAGAGGCUCAUCCCUCCGCCAGACCGCAUCACGACCAACAGUCCGCGGCCAGCCGCUGCCGCCAACGACGUCCAUCCUCUAUCCCUCGAUUCCAUCCUGCUGAACAAACCCACCCCUAAUGCCUACCAGGCUCUACCACCCCCUCCGCCCGCUCCUCCUGUUGCUCCCCAUUCCCAUCACCAUCCUCCUCCUCCUCAACCUCAUGAUCUGCUUCAGCACAACGGGACGUCGCAGUCCCCGUGGCCAAUGUACCCCCCACCGCAGGAGAACAUGUACUCGACGGGCCACUUUGAUUUCCUUCAGUCGAUCACCAAGCCCGAGGACGGCCUAAGCGACAAGACGGCCGUCACCUCGGUCCUGGACCCCUUUCCACCCCUCCCGCCCCAAGGCACCAGCCAACCGGCUGCACACCUCAACGGCUCCAGCGGCAGCGGAGGAUCCGUGAUGCUCAACGUGCCCGAUAUCCUCUCGCACCCUAACCUGGGCGGUUACAACAUGGGCCACGACGGCCACUACCACGACAACAGCAAUGUGCUGAACAACAUCUUCGGCAGCGGGUCGCAUUCCAUCGACGAGAUGGGCCACAGCCAGGCGGAGUGGUCGACGCCUUCCACCACCAUCCCUGGCGAUGUCGGAUCUGGGCAUUAUACGACGCAUCUGCAGUUCCCGUCGUCGGAGAGCCACGUACCUGUCUCGCGCGAGCCACAUCAGUCAAACACCUUCGAGGGACUCAUGGGACAUGACGAUCUCAUUGACAAACUGGUCGGGAAUAUCCCUGGCGAUCCGGGUAUGAAUGGAGCGGGACCUGAUCAUGCCAGUUCUGCGUAUGCGGAAAACAGCGCUGUUGAACCAGUUCAAUAG